AUGCCCAAAAGAAAGGCUGCAGGUCAAGGUGAUAUGAGGCAGGAGCCAAAGAGAAGAUCAGCCAGACUGUCUGCUUUGCCUGUGCCCAUUAUACCAGAGUUGAAGCCAAAAAGAACACCAACUCCAAGGAAAAUGAAAAAAGAUGAUAUGAUGGAAAAUAAUGCAAAUACAAGUGCCCAAACAAUAGCUGAAACCAAACAAGAAGUUAUUAAAGAAGAAUACAAGGAAAAUGCUGAAAAUGGAGAAGGCAAAAUUAUAAAGGCACCAGCUCCUGAAAAAGAACCUGAGGAAAUAAAAGAAAAAAAAAUGGAAGAUGUUGGAAAAGAAGGAUUAGAAAAGAAAGAAGCAGUGCCAUCAGGAGAAAAGAAAGAUGAGAAAAAAGAUAAGGAAGGAGAUGGAAAAGACCAAAACAAGGAAGAAGAGAAAAGAGAAGGUGGAAAAGAGGAUGAAAAUGGAAAAGUGGAAGAAGACCAGAAAGACAAAGGAGAUGAAAAAGCAGAUGAAGAUGGAAAGGGGAAAGAAAAUGGCAAAGAGGAAGAAGAUGAAAAAGAGGGUAAAAAUGGGAAGGGGAAAGAUGGCAAAGAAUGGGAAGAUGGCAAAGAAUGUGAAAAUGAAAAAGAUAAAGGUAAAGAUGAAAAACAAAAAGACAGAAAAGAGGAAGAAGAUAAAAAAUAUGAUGAAGAUGAGAAAGGUGAUAAAGUUGGAUUAGAGGAUGAAGAUGGAAAAGAGGGUGAAGAUGGGAAUGAGGAUGAAGGUGGAAAUGAUGAGAAAGAUGGAAAAGAGAAAGGAGAAGCUGAGAAAGAGGAUGGAGAAAAAGAGGAGGAAAAUGGAAACGGAAAUGGGAAAGAUGGAAAGGAAAAGGAAAAUAAGGCUGAGGUUGAAAAAGAAAUAGCUGAAAAAGAAGAUGUCAAAAAAGAAGCGUCUCAGAGUAUUGUUUAA